AUGGCGUUGGGGCUGCUCAUCGCCGUGCCGUUGCUGCUGCAGGCGGCGCCCCCGGGCGCAGCGCACUACGAAAUGAUGGGCACCUGCCGCAUGAUCUGCGACCCAUACAGCGCCGCACCCGGCGGGGGGCCCGCGGGCGCCAAGGCGCCGCCGCCCGGACCCAGCACUGCCGCCCUGGAAGUCAUGCAGGACCUAAGCGCCAACCCUCCGCCUCCUUUCAUCCAGGGACCCAAGGGCGAUCCAGGGCGACCCGGCAAGCCCGGGCCGCGGGGGCCUCCCGGAGAGCCGGGCCCGCCUGGACCCAGGGGUCCCCCGGGGGAGAAGGGCGACUCGGGGCGGCCCGGGCUGCCGGGGCUGCAGCUGACCGCGGGCGCGGCAGGCGGUGUCGGGGUGGUGGGUGGCGGAACUGGGGGCGGCGGCGACUCUGAGGGCGAAGUGACCGGCGCGCUGAGCGCCGCCUUCAGCGGUCCCAAGAUCGCCUUCUACGUGGGUCUAAAGAGCCCCCACGAAGGCUACGAGGUGCUCAAGUUCGACGACGUGGUCACCAAUCUCGGCAAUCACUACGACCCCACUACCGGCAAGUUCAGCUGCCAGGUUCGCGGCAUCUACUUCUUCACCUAUCACAUCCUCAUGCGCGGCGGCGACGGCACCAGCAUGUGGGCGGACCUCUGCAAGAAUGGGCAGGUCCGGGCCAGCGCCAUCGCGCAGGACGCUGACCAGAACUACGACUACGCCAGUAACAGCGUGGUGCUGCACCUCGACUCAGGAGACGAGGUGUACGUGAAGCUGGACGGCGGGAAGGCGCAUGGAGGCAAUAACAACAAGUACAGCACGUUCUCGGGCUUUCUUCUGUACCCGGAUUAGGGGCUCAGGGAGCGCAAGGUGGAGAGGCUUUAGGCCGCCCUAUGCCCAUGGGAGCGCGCUAUUCCCUGGCGAGGACCACUCUAGCUUCAUGACACUUCCUGACAUCGUUGAAAAAGACACAUCCCUGCUGUCCUCCCUGUCCCGCUCCCGACUUAAGUGUGUCUGCGACUCAUCACGCUCCAGGCUGAGCUCCUGGUCCCUGCCCCCAACCUGGGGAGGGAUAGGGGGACGCCCAAGUGACGAGAAGAGCGUGAACAUGAACCCCUGCGGCCGGGGCGGCUGCGGCAUCGCAGACUUUGCAAACCUGAUUGGACUGGACAGGCCGGGCGGGACACCUGCCCUCCUCCAGUCCCCUUCCUCUUCUAAGUGCCCUGAGACCGAGGGCUCCCCGCCCUGGCCAGCACGAGCUCUCUGGGGCAUCCUUCUUUGUAACCCAAAAUACUUGUGCAAAUUUCCCUAUCAGCCAAAAACCCUCCUGCAGCAGAAUCCCAGCAAACGGAAAAUUCACUGCACUCCCGACUCAGACCCACCGCG